GUUCCUGGUGCCUCCCUUCCUUAUUCCUCAUAUGGUCUAUAUGAAAGCCUCGUCAUCUCUCUGACCUCUCAGAAAGAUUUCUAGGAACUGAACAUGUCUCCAGAGACGGGAUCCCUCCUGAUACUCCUCCUGUUCUGUGCGGGAGUCACCGCUUUAAUUCCACCCACUGCAGACCCCACCGAAGAUAAGGAAACUUUAGGUAUACUCUUCCCUCGGGUGAAACCUGGUAAGUGUCCUGCAGAUGUGAAAUUCCCAGUUGAUGGCUCCACGUUGGACAAUGGAUGUAAGAGAGAUGGAGACUGCAAUGGGAAGAUGAAGUGCUGCUUCUGGAGGGGUAGGAGACAAUGUCUGCUGCCAUUGGACGUCAAGAAUAAUGCCUGCCCAUACUUUGAUGCCUCAGUGUGUAUAACUACGAAAUUUGUACCCAUGUGCCAGAGGGAUGACCAGUGCCAAGGCACCGAGCGAUGCUGUUAUUACGGUUGCAGGCUCCAGUGCACGCCAACAGUGACAGUAAAACCUGGAUCGUGCCCAAUUCCUGUUACAAGAUGUGCCUUUCCCCCACCGGCACCAAAAUGUAAAAGUGACAGUGAAUGUCAAGAGAAGCAGAAGUGCUGCACCCCAUUGUGUCGUCAGGAGUGUACCGAUCCCUUGCCAUGAUGAAUGCUCCGUAGAAGAAGUCUGAAGAUUGGAGAGAUCCAGGUGGAGUCUAUCAUGCUUCUCAUCAGUGACACUUCCUCUAGGCCCAUAAUGAAUUCCCUGCAAAUGUCUGAAUUUUCCUUCAUGUCAGCAAUACACCUUCUGCUAAUUAAUAAAGAUAAUGAGAAGUGUCA